AUUAGCUGGUGUGUCUGUGUGUGCGCGCUUUUCACUCUCGAGGUUUGAGCUUUAAGGAAAAUAGAGCCGUUGAAGCAAGAAAGGUGAAGACUUUGAGAAGGAGGAGCAAGAAAGUUGAAGACUUUGGUUGAAGGAGUUUGAGAAAGAGAGCAAUGGGUUGUGGGUUCAGGCUUGUCUUUGCCAUUUUGCAGCUGCUUGUGAUUUUGGAUCUUUGUGAAGGAAGCAUUGUGGGAAUUUGCUAUGGAAGAAAUGCCGAUGACCUUCCAACACCUGAUAAAGCUGCCCAGCUUGUGCAGCUUCACAACAUCAAAUAUGUUCGGAUUUAUGACUCCAACAUACAGGUCCUCAAGGCCUUUGCGAACACCGGUGUUGAACUUAUGAUUGGGGUUCCAAACUCAGACUUGUUGCCAUUUUCCCAGUUCCAAACUAAUGCAGAUACCUGGCUUAAGAACAGCAUUCUGCCUUACUAUCCGGCUACAAAGAUCACAUACAUAACAGUGGGAGCUGAAGUAACUGAGACCACUGGUAAUGUCUCUGCCCUUGUAGUACCUGCCAUGAGAAAUGUCCUCACAGCACUGAAGAAAGCCGGUCUUAGUAAGAAGAUUAAAGUAUCAAGUACACAUUCCCUCGGUGUUCUGUCUAGAUCAUUUCCUCCCUCUGCAGGAGCGUUUAGUAGCAGCUACGCGUCUUUCCUGAAGCCCCUGUUGGAAUUUCUUGCGGAAAACCAGUCACCCUUCAUGAUUGAUAUAUAUCCAUACUAUGCUUACAGAGAUUCCCCAAGCAAUGUCACUCUUGACUAUGCUCUUUUUCAGGCAUCCUCAGAAGUUAUUGAUCCGAAUACUGGUUUGCUGUAUACUAACAUGUUUGAUGCUCAGAUAGAUGCUAUAUAUUAUGCACUGAUGGGUCUGAAUUUCAAAACAAUCAAUGUUAUGGUCACUGAGACAGGCUGGCCGUCAAAAGGAUCGCCGAAAGAGACAGCUGCAACUCCUGACAAUGCCCAAACUUACAAUACAAAUCUGAUUCGCCAUGUCAUUAACAAUACUGGUACACCUGCAAAGCCAGGAGAGAAAGUGGAUACCUACCUCUUCUCUUUGUUCAAUGAAAAUAGGAAGCCUGGAUUGGAAUCUGAGAGGAAUUGGGGGCUAUUUUAUCCUGACCAGACAAGCGUCUACAACCUAGAUUUCACUGGAAAAAAUGCUGUGGAUAUGACCACAAAUAAUGUUACCAGUUCAAAUGCAACAACAACCUGGUGCAUUGCUUCAAGUAAAGCUUCUGAAGCAGACUUGCAGAAUGCCUUGGAUUGGGCUUGUGGUUCUGGGAAUGUGGACUGUACUCCUAUUCAGCCUAGCCAGCCUUGUUUCGAGCCAGAUAAUACAGUGUCUCAUGCAUCUUAUGCUUUCAACGUUUAUUACCAGCAAAAUGGGGCUACAGAUAUUGCUUGCAGUUUUGGAGGGUCAGGGAUUAAAGUCGAUAAGAACCCAAGCUAUGACAGCUGCCUCUAUAUGACUGCAGGGAGCAACAAAACUAUUGCUAGUAGUAAUACAACAGCAAUAUCUUCUACUUCCUCCUCUGCCACGGUGAAGGGUGUUCCAGCAUGGAUUUUCACUUGCUUUCUUGCCACCUUCAUAUCAUUUCUUUUUCGAAGUUGACCAUGGCUGAGAAGUAGAAGACAUUUUGUCACGGAAACUGGUGAGCCUUGUAUUGUAGUUACUCAUGUACUGCAGGGAGUAGUAUUGUUGGUUGGAAGUUUUUCAGUCAGAUACAUGAGAAGGAAUGUAACUGCUGUGUUAGAUCAGAUUUGCUCCCCCUGGCUUUUUGUAUAAUAGUGUCGGAUCUUUUGAAGGUGGGAUGACAUGAAUGCAGAGGCCUAAGUUUUAAUUAG